AUGAGCUACUACAGCAGCUAUUAUGGAGGCCUGGGCUGUGGUUCUGGAGGCUUUGGUGGCUGGGUGUAUGGCUAUGGCUGUGGUUGUGGCAGCUUUCGCAGGCUAGGCUAUGGCUGUGGCUAUGGAGGCUGUGGAUACAGCUGCUGCCGACCAUGAUACUAUGGAGGAUACGGAUUCUCUAGCUUCUACUGA